GGCGAGGCGUGAGGAGCAGCCGCCGCCUCUGCCUCAAGGGCCGCACAGAAGGGGCUGGCGGGAGAGCGCCGCGGGCGGACGGAGGCGCCUCCUCGCCCAGCCUGAACUCAGAAGGGGCGAGAGCGGAGCGCGGGGCCCGCCUCCUGCCGCAGGAGCUGCCGCGCAAGCCACAGGAGGAGCGGCAGACGCCGGCUUCUCCCCGCGGGAGCCCCCAGCAUGGUCGACUAUGUUGUGGAGUAUGACUAUGAUGCUGUACAUGAUGACGAAUUAACUAUUCGAGUUGGGGAAGUCAUCAGGAAUGUGAAAAAACUACAAGAGGAAGGAUGGCUAGAAGGAGAAUUAAAUGGGAGAAGAGGAAUGUUCCCUGAUAAUUUUGUUAAGGAAAUUAAAAGAGAGACAGAAUCCAAGGAUGACAAUUUGCCGAUCAAACGGGAAAGGCAUGGGAAUGUAGCAAGUCUUGUACAACGAAUAAGCACAUAUGGACUUCCAGCUGGAGGAAUUCAGCCACAUCCACAAACCAAAAAUAUUAAGAAGAAGACCAAGAAGCGCCAGUGUAAAGUUCUUUUUGAGUACAUGCCACUAAAUGAAGAUGAACUGGAGCUGAAAGUGGGAGAUAUUAUUGCUAUUAACGAAGAGGUGGAAGAAGGCUGGUGGAGUGGAAUCCUGAACAACAAGUUGGGAUUGUUUCCUUCAAAUUUUGUGAAAGAGUUAGAGGUAACAGAUGAUGGUGAAACUCAAGAAGCCCAGGAGGAUUCAGAAACUAUUUUGACUGGGCCUACUUCACCUUUACCCUCUCCUGGGAAUGGGAGUGAAGCUGCACCUGGAUCAAUUACACAGCCAUUUGGAGAUAUUUUUAAAGAAGGCUCUGUGAAACUUAGGACAAGAACAUCCAGUAGUGAAACAGAAGAAAAAAAAUCAGAAAAGCCAUUAAUCAUACAGUCAUUAGGAUCCAAAACUCAGAGUGUGGAAAUAACAAAAACAGACACUGAAGGUAAAAUUAAAGCUAAGGAAUACUGUAGAACAUUAUUUGCAUAUGAAGGUACCAAUGAAGAUGAACUUACUUUUAAAGAGGGGGAGAUAAUUCAUUUGAUAAGUAAGGAGACUGGAGAAGCUGGCUGGUGGAAGGGUGAACUUAAUGGCAAAGAAGGAGUAUUUCCAGACAAUUCUGCUGUUCAAAUAAAUGAACUUGAUAAAGAUUAUCCAAAACCAAAGAAACCACCACCUCCCACUAAGGGUCCAGCUCCAAAGCCUGAGCUGAUAGCUUCAGAGAAGAAGUAUUUUCCUUUAAAGCCUGAAGAGAAAGAUGAAAAAUCAGUGCUGGAACAGAAACCUUCUAAACCAGUAGCUCCCCAGGUUCCACCCAAGAAGCCUACUCCACCCACCAAAGCCAAUAAUUUAUUGCGAUCUUCUGGAACCGUAUACCCAAAGCGACCUGAAAAACCAGUUCCUCCACCACCUCCUAUAGCCAAGAUGAAUGGGGAUGUUUCUACUAUUUCAUCAAAAUUUGAAAGUGAGCCAGUAUCAAAACCAAAGCUAGAUUCUGAACAGUUUCCACUUAGACCAAAAUCAGUAGACCUUGAUUCAUUUACAAUAAAGAGCUCUAAGGAAACAGAUGUUAUAAAUUUUGAUGACAUAGCUUCCUCAGAAAACUUGCUACAUCUCACUGCAAAUAGACCGAAGAUGCCUGGAAGAAGAUUGCCUGGCCGCUUCAAUGGUGGACAUUCUCCAACUCAAAGCCCAGAAAAAGUCUUGAAGCUAACAAAAGAAGAUAGUGCCAACUUAAAGUUGUCUGAAUUUAAAAAGGAUACAUGCUGUUCUCCAAAGCCAUCUGCGUACCUUUCAACACCUUCAAGUGCUUCUAAAUCAAAUACACCUGUUUUCCUAACUCCAUUAGAAAUCAAAGCUAAACUAGUAACAGAUGGGGAAAAAAAUUCCCUGGAUGAACUUAGAGCCCAGAUUAUUGAAUUGCUGAGCAUUAUAGAAGCACUGAGAAAAGAUCAUGGGAAAGAACUGGAAAAACUACGAAAAGAUUUAGAAGAAGAGAAGGCAAUGAGAAGUAAUUUAGAGGUGGAAAUAGAGAAGCUGAAAAAAGCUGUCCUAUCUUCUUGAGGUGAUGUGGACCCAGUGUGUUCUUAAUAUUCCAGGGAUUCAGAAGCAACACUAUGAACUUCAGCUGACUUACUACUUAGCAAUUAUGAAUGCUGGUGUUGUGAUAAAGAAAUAUGAUUAUAUGAACUAUAAUAUCUAUAGAAAAGUAGAGGGUGAAUUUAUAUAUAUAUAUAUAUAUAUUGUUUUGCCAAUAAAAAAAAAGAGGCCUUAUUUCUUACUGUGCUGGGAUUGCAAACACUUUUUCUAAAUUUGUUUGCUUAAAAAUACUACUGAAUCUGUAUAAAAAGGAAAGAAAAUUCACAAUAGUUUUUAUAUUGAAACUUGUAUUAUUUUUUAAAGAGAUCUAUACUAUAAAUAUGGUGAUAUCUUUAAAAAUCUGUAAGAUAUAGUAUUUGAGAGGGACAAAUCAGCUUUUUAGUAAAUAUAGUCACUACUUUUCCCAUGAUGCAUAAGGGAUAUAAACUUGGGGUGUGUGUGUGUGUGUGUGUGUAUUUUAGCCUCUUACCCAGGAUUACACUGUUGUGCCUGUUUGUCUGCAGUGCUGUUUAAUUGUGGGUGAUGACAUAGGAGUUCCCUAUCUAUAAACCAGAUUAUUCACCCAUGCAUAUAGUAAUAACUAAUGAAACAAUAUAAUUUCUUCAGCUUUUAGAAUAUUUUACAUUGCUUGCACUAUAGGAUUCAUAAAAGGAAUUAAAAUUAAAUAUAUUGAAUUGUUAAACAUAUUUGGGAAAAUAUGAGCUUUAUUUUAAAUUCAUUAGGCCCAAGGAAUCUAAAAAUGUUAAUUUAAACCUUAACUUGUGCCUAGAAACUACAGCACAUAUGAAAUACACAAGCACCAGCUUUCCUACUUUACUUUUCUGCUUAUUUUAUAGUCUCAAAUGUUACUCAAUUCAUUAUUUUGUGAUUUAAUUCAUGUUCUUCCUCCUAGUUUUUAACAAUGUUAAUAUCAGGAAAACAAAACUUUUCAGAACUUCAGUGUAAGAUUUGAUACUUUGACAAGCUAUCAUCGUGUAAAUAUUCAGGUUUUAUACCAGAUAGACCAUACUAACUUGGGAGAGAGAAUUUGAACUGUUACUUGGGUCCAACUUUAUAAAGAGAGUAUGUCACAAAAUCUAACAUUACAUCUUAUUUAAAACUAAAUAUAGUUGACCAUAUUCAAAAUACAUUUUCAAAAAAUAGAUGAAUUAGUAUUUUCUUCAGAGUGACUUAUGAAUAAUUGAACAUUUAAAAAUGUUAUAUCUAUAGGUAAUAUGUCUAAAAACAUGGGUGGAUUUUUAAAAUUUUUUUAAAAGAAGUAGGUUUUAAGCUUCAUUAUGGCAAAUGAGUGUCAGAUUCUGAGUACCAACUAUCAUGCUUUCAUUUUUUGUUGUUUUAAACCACCAAUAUUUUCCCUUUAUAUUUAACCUUAGAGAAAUCUUGUAUAAAUGAAAUGUCAUCAAGUUUCGAAUAAAAGAGAUCUGAAGUUGAAAAUAGUAAUUGAUAGACACACCAGUACACAAUUACAGAAUAUUUAAUUUUUAAUUCAUAUUAGGGUUUGGGGGGAAUGCUAAUUAUGUCUUGAAAAUUUGCAUACAUUUGUAUUCAGAAUACUCAAAAGUAUUUCGGCUCUUCUAAUGAGGUCAUUACCGAACAGAAUUAUUCCUCUCUGGCCUGUUUUUAGAUGACUAGUCAAAGGAAUGAUUUUCUUCCUGAUUAAAUACAUAAAUCUUGGGGGUUUUCUUGUUUUUUUUUUUUUUAAAUGGCAGUCCUUAAAAUACUGUAUCCUAGAAAUCAUCCUCUAUCUUUCUCAGUGAAAAACCCUAAUAAUGGGUGAGAGAAAGUUCCAGUAGAUUUCAGACUAUUCUUAAAGUUUUUCUUGGUCAUUUUCUCACUCGUAAAUAAAAUCAAGAUGGUCAUGAUUACUGAAAUAUAUUUAAAGUUUUUUGCUUGUAUACUCCUCAAUCAGAAGAAUAAUCGAAAUACUAUGUAUAUUUUUCUGCCCUUGACAGAAUAAUAAAAUAAAACCAUAAUGAACUAAAAGGGAAAAAUUCCUUUAUUCUAGCAAUUUACUAUUUGCUUUUGAUAUGGAAACUUUUAUUAAUUUCUAUUCCUAAAGCUAUAUCACAAAAUGAUACGUAAUGGUAAGAGCCUUAGGGGUAAUUUUUUUCUACAUGUGAAUAUAAUUAAAAGACUAAAGGUUAACAACACGGAAUCUGUCAUUGCCAAAUAAUUAGUGACUCUGUAGUUUACGUUUCCUAUCCUUUGAAACACAAUAUUAAUUUCCUAAUUGUAUUUCAAUGUUAUUUUUUGUGUGUGACCACUGUGCUUCUGUUUUAUUGUAAAGCCAUUUCCUCUUUACAGAAUUUGUGUCUGAAGAUGUAAAGAGAGAUUAGGCCUUGUGUGAUGGAAGAUUCUCUUUUUUAUGCUCCUUACCAUGAUCACAGGAAAAAAAAUCAAAGUGCUCUCCAGAUAUUUUGAUAAAAAUUUUAUGCAUGCAUUUAAACUUGAAAUGUAGGAGCAGAAUGAGACAAUCAUUUAAAUCAGAAAUGAGAAGUAUUAUAAUGUAAUAGCCUUCUUUUGCUGUAGCAAUAAGAUGACCAAGUGCAAUGACUUGAUUUAAUUAAAUCAUCUUUUAAAAGUU